AUGGACAAGAUGUGGCCCAUCAAUUAUCAGCGACUCGUCCUACCGUGCUCUUUCCAAGACCUUUUCGACAACAUCUUCGUUCUCUGGGCCCUCACGCUGACGAUCCUAGACAUCGUCUACAUCAUCUAUCGCGCCAUUCGCGCUCCCGUCGCACCAAAAGAGCCUCACCCUGAUACCAUCGCGUGCAAAGAAAUAGAACGGGUCGCCGAAACCGCAGUAAAGAGCCUGGACGAAGCCAUAGCGCGCGUGGGGGCCGAGCAGGCGCGGAACAUGGACGCGUGGCGCGCCGGCGGCGAGCGCAAGUACGACGCGAUGCUCUACCUGAGCGUCGACUCGAUCGCUUGCGAGGGCAAACACAUCGUCGCGGAAGCGGAGCUUGCGAAGGCCCAGAUUGCCAACACCCGCAUGCGAAGGACGCUGGAUUUCGCGGACAAACAAAGGCAGGCUGCGGUGGCGCAGUGCUUGGAGGCCUGUAUCCAGGCGAAGGCCGAGAAAGAGAAGACGCUAGAGCGGCUGAAGAGGACAGAAGCAGCGCUGGCGAGCCAGGAGGACCGCAACGUGGAGCUCAAGAAGAAGUACGGCGAACUCGAGGCCGUGCGGAAGAGGACGGAGGAGCAGAUGAAGAAGGUCAUGCGGGAGAAGGACGAGUUGGUGGACACAUCCGCGAAGGAGAAGGAGGAGCUCGAGCAAGCCCUGCACCGCAAGGGCCCGAGGGAGCUCAAGGCUGCGCUGGAGGACUUCAUGACCGUGCGGUCCGACUCCCAGUGA